AUGCCUAACAACUUUCUACCCUACCAUGAGUGGUAUUCUCUUUCUAAUAUCAAACUGGCUGACCCAACCUUUCAUUCUCCUGGUCCAGUUGAUAUGCUAGUAGGAGCAGCUAUCUUUCCUCUCAUUCUGAGAACAGGUCGUUUGCCAGGUAAUCUGAAACAACCUUCUGCGUUACAAACUGUAUUCGGUUGGAUAUUGAUGGGAAACACCUCUAGUCCAUCAGCUAGCAUCAGCUCUUUUCACUUAACAGCUAAUUCUGUAAUUGACUCAACGCUUAGACAAUUUUGGGAAAUUGAAGAAAUUCCUAAAUCUGAAAUUUCUUCACCAGAUGAUGCCCUGUGUGAGAAGAUAUUUGACGAUAAUUACUCUCGUGAUUCAACAGGUCGUUACACGGUUAUGUUACCCUUCAAAGAAGGGAUAAACAAAUCCUUUGGAGAUACAUAUACCAUGGCCUUGCGACGUCUGUUUUCACUGGAACGAAGAUUCAAAGCCUCUCCUGAUUUCUAUAACGAGUACAAGAUGUUCAUGAAAGAUUACCUCGAUUGUGGUCACAUGACUUUACUCCCAAAUGCCAGUCCAUCUGUUGACGAAUAUUAUAUACCACAUCAUGCUGUUAUCAACCGAAAUAGUCCUUCUGCAGAACUUAGAGUAGUGUUUGACUCCUCAGCGAAGGUUUCAGCAAUGUGUCCCUGA